AUGUUGUAUAAGUUUCACUGGAGCUGCUAUGACAGUUCUAAGACAAAGAUCAACCUGCCUGUUAAAAGGCGGCGAGUCAGCAGUGACGAGGAACCCGCUGUGGACAGCUGCCUGAGCGACAUGAAGACAGACACCAGGGAGGUCCUGACCCCAACCAGCACCUCGGACAAUGAGACCCGAGACUCCUCCAUCAUCGAUCCCGGGACUGAGCAAGACCUUCCUUCCCCUGAAAACAGUUCAGUUAAAGAGUACCGAGUGGAGGCUCACUCUUCGUUUUCAGAAGACGUGUCACGUGUGAGGUCGCAGCAUUCAGAAGACCAGUCCAGCAGACUGGAAGACUGCCAGGAAUCGAAAGGCCUCCCGUGUUCCAGGGAUUCUCACCAGGUGGAGGAGGAAGCCGAGUUCCCACCUCCUUCUGUCUCUGCGGUUCUGUCAGACCUGGCUGACUUGAGAAGCUGUGAUGGUCAAGCUUUGCCCUCCCCGGACCCCGAGGCCGCUUUGUCGCUCAGCUGUGGCCAUUCCAGAGGACUCGCAAGUCACACCCCACAGCACGACAUCCUGGAUACCCUCUGUAGGACCAUUGAGUCUACCAUCCACGUGGUAACAAGGAUAUCUGGCAAAGGAAACCAGGCUGCUUCUUGA